UAGCAGUAUGACAAAGUAUCCCUCUUUUUCCUCCCCUUUUCCUCCACUAUCUUUCUCUCUUCGUCCAUUCCAGUCUUCCCCGUCCCCUUUCUCUCCACAUCGCAGUUUAUCAUCUCUCUGCACUGAAGCUCCUGCACCUGCUUCUCACCACUGCCCGCUAGACAACGACUCAACCGGCCAGUGGAUAGGUCUGCUUUUUGGUCUGUUUCAAAAGCUAUUUGUGGUUCAUCGGAAAGGCUGUGGGCUGAAGGCAUGUUAAGAGGGAUUACCUGUUGUUUUUAAGGGGUUCGUUUCGUCGCUCUGUUGUUCGAGGGAUAUGAUCAUCUCCACUUUUAUCCGGGAGGAGACUCAUCAAACGGUCCCGACCGGACGCGGACGUGACUAUGUUUACAUAACUCUAAAGGGGAUGAAUUUGGAGAUUUAUGACAGUUUAUUGGAGAUAAUAAGAAACAAAGUCCUCAUGUCAAAAUAAUGGUCGUAUGUGGUCAUUAAAAUUAUUUUGGAGAGUGCAAAUUGUCGCCGAACGUUCGUAUAAUGCUUGGGUGUGAUGAAGUGAGGUAAAGUGAGUGCACAGCUCAGAUGUUUAUCCCCUAACUUCGGCAAGAUGAAAUCGCUCUUCUACAGCCGCUUCUUCAUCCUCCUGCCCUGGGUCCUCAUCGUCAUCAUCAUGAUCCAUAUUGACACAAGGACGUCCGUCCGAAGUCCAGCCCUGGGCCGCGGAGGGGGCGCACAUAGGCAAGACAGAACCAGCCCACCCCGGGCCAACCGCUCCGCUCUCCCGGCAAUCUACGCCAUCACCCCGACCUACAACCGGCCAGUCCAGAAAGCUGAACUUACCCGGCUCGCUAACACCUUCCGUCAGGUUCCUCGCUUCCACUGGAUAGUAGUGGAGGACUCGACUGUGCGCACGGAGCUGGUGGUGCGCUUUCUUGCCCGCUCGGGGAUGCAGUACACACACCUGAACAUCUUUACGCCCCGCCGGUUCAAACGUACCGGGAUGCCCCGUGCUACUGAGCAGAGGAACACGGCUCUCUCGUGGCUGCGGUCACAUCGCUCCAUCAAGGACGUGGGGAUAGUAUUCUUCGCGGAUGAUGACAACACAUACAGUCUGGAACUGUUUGAAGAGAUGCGUUCGACGCGGGGUGUGUCAGUGUGGCCGGUGGGGCUGGUCAGUGGGCGGAGGUACGAGCGCCCCAUAGUGGAUAAGGGCAAAGUGGUUGGCUGGUACACUGGCUGGAGGCCCGACCGCCCCUUCGCCAUCGACAUGGCAGGUUUUGCAGUGAACCUCCAUGUGGUCCUGGGGAACCCACGGGCGUUGUUCAAGCGUAGGGGUUCCCAGCCUGGUAUGCAGGAGUCUGACUUCCUGAAACAGAUCACCAAGGUGGCGGAGCUGGAGCCCAAAGCCAACAACUGCACUAGGGUGUUGGUGUGGCACACUCGUACAGAGAAGGUGAAUCUGGGCAACGAGCCCAGACAUCGACAGGACAGUGUGGUUAUCGAGGUCUAAAGGGUGGGAUAACCAAGGAGGAAUAAGCAAGCCCAUUGGUCAGACAGACUGACAGUAACUUCUUGAACUACACUACUGACAUCACCUUGCUUGACCAUAACCUUGAUAUGGAUUACACUAUGAUGGACAGGACUUUGGACCAAUUGCAUGGAUGGGAACUGCUGCCUGAAUGUUGUGAAUGGCUCAAUGAGAUUCCGGACCUCAAAGGGGAUCAUAAUGCACUGGGGUGACCAUUGCUUUCCCAGGGGACUUUGCUCUCGUACUGCAAUGUGGCCCAGUCCCUUAUAAAAAGUGAUUCCUAUGAAGUAUGCAGACUUAACAAGACCGCCUGUCUGUCUACAUGUAUGUGUGUAUGUAAACUCAGCAAAAAACAAAUAAAAAAAUCGUUCCUUUUUCAGGACCCUGUCUUUCAAAGAUAAUUAGUAAAAAUCCAAAUAACUUCACAGAUAUUCAUUGUAAAGGGUUUAAACACUUGUUUCCCAUGCUUGUUCAAUGAACCAUAAACAAUUAAUGAACAUGCACCUGUGGAACAGUCGUUAAGACACUAACAGCUUACAGAUGGGAGGCAAUUAAGGCCAAAGUUAUGUCCGCAAUAGGAUGAGAGGCUGGACUGAGGGCUAUAUGCCUGUUGUAAGGCAGGUCCUCACCAGACAUCACCGGCAACAACGUCGCCUAUGGGCACAAACCCACCGUCGCUGGACCAGACAGG